AUGACGGACCUGCUGCAGGUCCUGCCUGACGCCUUUGACACGAAGCCAUAUUCGCAUCUGCUGCCCUCGCUCGACAAGGCCCUGAUCACCACCAACGACCUGCUCACGCUCGAUGCGACCGAUGUGGCCAAGCGUGCGCAGCUCCCAGCCGGGGAGCUGAGGAAGCUGACAGAUGCUGUUGUAGCUGCCCUGCACCGGCAGCUUGGCUUCGGAGGACAGGAAUCUCUCGGCAGUGCAUCAUCGUCUGGAUGGAGCAAGUCUCUCCACGCGGAGACAGACUGGGACUGCAUCAGCACUUUAGAUGAAGAGCUUGAUGCCGCUCUUGGCGGCGGCAUACCCCCUGGCUACCUGGUAGAAGUCACUGGCGAGAGUGGUGCCGGUAAAACGCAGCUGCUCCUCACCCUUCUGCUGGCUGUCCAGCUGCCGCCCCCGUACGGCCUCGCCAAAUCAGCUGUCUACGUAUCGACCGAAGCGGUCCUCUCGACCAAGCGUCUUGCACAGCUCCUCUCCUCUCAUCCGGCCCUCGCUUCAGUAUCCACCGAUGAGAAGCCGUCUCUCUCCAAAAUCCUGAGCAUCCAGACCCCAGAUCUCGAAUCACAAGAGCACAUUCUGCGCUACCAACUACCGGUGGCGAUCAAGAAGCACGGAAUUGGCCUCGUCAUAAUAGACUCGGUUGCGGCAAACUAUCGCGCAGAGUUUGAGAAGAAGGGUGCGAACAAUGGCGCUGCGUCCAUGGCCAAGAGAGGCACGCAGCUGGUACAGUUAGGUGCGCUGCUACGAGAACUAGCCCGCACAGAAGGCAUUGCAGUCGUUGUCGCCAAUCAAGUCGCCGAUCGUUUCACCAGGGCGCCGUCUGCUGCUGCUUCAAACGCCGUCUCCAGAACCACGUCCACCAACAGCCAAGGCAAUGCUCGCGAACUUACACCUCAGCCGUCCUGGCAAGCUCAGCCUGAGGUCGGCUUGCUCCUGUCUCCCGAUCCACUUGCUCUCGACCACCAGCAGAAAUGGUUCACAGGCUGGGGAGACCAGCAGUAUGAGCCGGAGCAGUCGCAAAAAACACCCUCGUUGGGCCUUGUCUGGACAAAUCAGCUUGCCUGCCGCAUCGCGCUCAUAAAGAAACCCGUGUUCGCAAACAGACAGCAAACCACCACCGUUAAUGGCGAGGAGCAGUGGAACGAAGAAGAAACCCACAUUUCGAAAUGGCGCCGCUGGAUGAAAGUCGUCUUCGCACCCUGGACGCCACCGUCAGAUGACCGAGGCGUCGAAUUCGAAAUCAUAUCAAGUGGAAUGAAGCACAUAGCAAAAGAUAAAUAG